AUGAAGACAAGUGUACAAAGACUGUUGAUCAUGUAUUCUCGGUUUGAACAUUACAGCGUCUCAUUGGAACUGCAUGUGCUUUCGUCUAUUUCCAAUGAUAUGCCAUCUCGAUUUAUACGAUUAGAUCAGUCUAAGAUCCCAUAUUCGAUAAAUGAACAACUAGCCGAUCCAAGUUACAAUACACCAGGAAGGAUAGAUGUACUACUUGGAGCAGAAACAUUCUACACACUUUUUAGUGGAGAAAGAGUAAGGGUUUCAGAAAGUCUAAUGUUCCACAAAACGAAACUUGGAUGGAUUCUCACUGGAAAGGUACUGAAUAAUGACGUUAAGCAUUGUAAGUUAGUCACUUGUAAUUGUACCCAUGACACAUCUAAUAGUUCAGCUCUCUCAUUAUUUGCAUGCAAAUCAAGUACUCGUAAAAUUGAAGAAGAUGAAGCUGAACAACAUUUCAAAAGCACACACUUCAGGAAUGAUUCCGGGUGA